CAAUAAAAUAAUAUCAAUAUCUAUUCAAAUCAUACAUUUUUAAAAUACUAAAUAAUGGAUUUUUUCGGUCUCACUUUUUAUGGUUCUUCCGACCCAUUUUCGGAUAUGGUGAGAGCAGAUUACAUUGAACCAAUCGCACCACCCAAAAAUCCACUGAAAGCAGAAAGUAAGGUAAAAAAAUCUCUUUCAGAAAAAAUUAAAAUAUUAGACUGUUACAUUGGACAUGCUGAUGGUUAUGCUUAUAGAUCACACGAAAGAUUAGAAAAGAUGAAGAGAAAAUAUGUACGCAAACCCGACGGACCUAUAGAUAUGUACAACUAUCCUGGAACAACAGCAAUGGAGAUAGGAUGGUGGCAAACCGACACAACUUUGGAUUCAGAAACAUGGCACAAAGAAAAACGAUACCCGAGUACAAAAUCUGAGUUAAGUAGAUACGUCGAAAUAUGUAUGAAAAAGGAUAAAGCUUUUAGACCAUCUGCAUACUAACUAACGUAUUAUAAUUGGGCAGACGAAUCAUAGAAAUAAAAAAAAAUUAUGAAAUAUUUUACAAAAUAUUCUAUAUUUACAAAUAAUGAGAUGGUUAA